AUGGGAUGGGCGGCGCUGGAACCUUCCAGAGCGUGGUCCGGGCGGCGAGGAGGAGCCGGAGGAGCGGCGGCGAUGGAGGCCGAGGUGGGUGCCGUCGGGGGGUUCCAGUGGGGACGCCUGGGGCGGGGGGACCCGGCGCCGCCGAGCCCGGGCUCAGUGCGGGGCAGCGGCGGGCGGCGCCGGUUCCAUCCCACCCGCCGUGAGCCGGGGCUGCCCCGCGGGGGUGAAGCCCCGGUAGCGCCUCACCGGGAGCUGCGGGCUCGGGUGGGCUCCGCCGGGGCAGAGCCGGGUCCUGCCGCUCCCCGGAACCCGCCGGGAGCAGGGACCCGGCCCUGGGGCUGUGGCAGGAGCCCUGCGGUGCGUGGCCCGGCUUUCUGCGCCCAUUCAGCAGAGAUCGCCCGAGAUGCGUCCCCGCCCAGAGUAGUUGGGAGUUUGGAGACUUUUUGCCUAGACAAACUCCAUCAUCAUCUUCCUCUUCAGACAUGGACCAACAGCAUCAACCAGGCCAAUAAGAUGGCCCUGCUUGCCUGGGCGAAAGAAACGGGCAUCGACUUGGUGCAGAUCAAUGGGCAGAGGCGAUAUGGCGGCCCACCCCCAGGCUGGGUGGGCGACCCCCCUCCGGCGGGCACAGAGGUGUUCAUCGGGAAGCUGCCGCAGGACAUGUACGAGAACACCCUGAUCCCGCUCUUCCAGAGCGUGGGGAAGCUCUACGAGUUCCGCCUCAUGAUGACCUUCAGCGGGCUCAACCGGGGCUUUGCGUACGCCAAGUACAGCACCCAGCGCGGCGCCAAGGAGGCCAUCGCCGCCUUCAACAACUUCAAGGUGCGGGAGGGCUGCACCAUCGUGGUGUGCCAGAGCACGGAGAAGUGCGAGCUCAGCGUGGAUGGGCUGGAGGCCUCGGUGAGCCAGCGGGAGCUGGAGGCCGUGCUGCGGCACGUCACGCCGGGCGUCCUCAGUGUCACCCUGCAGCCCAGCCCCGCGCAGCAGCGGGCACAGCUCGCCGUGCUGAAGUACAGCUCGCACCACGCUGCUGCCAUGGCCAAGAAAACCCUCAUGGAAGGGAAUAUGAGGCUCGGUGGCGUGGCGAUAAGGGUGGACUGGCUGAGCCCUGACCUGAAGCAGAAGCUGCAGUCGCACAAGGAGAAGCCAUCGCCCAGCCGGGUGCACAGGGGCAAGCGCCCGGGUGUCCCCAUGCAGGCACCUCUGUCUCCGGUGCUGCACAACGCGCUGGAGCACCUCAACACCCUGUGCCGGAGCCAGUACCUGGGGCCCCCCCUGUACCUCACCAAGUGCGUGCAGGCCAACCCCAACGGGUGGCUGCGGUUCUGGUGCCAGGUGGUGAUCCCGGGGUGCCCUGUGCCCUUCACGGGGUUCACAUGGGUCCGGCAGGACGGGCCGGGCAGGAGCGGGCACGAAGAGGCGAAGGUUGCGGUGGCGCUGCAGGUUCUGCGGGUGCUGGGUGAGUCCUUGCACGGCAUCGUGCCAACCUCCCAAAGUCUGGGAGCAUCUCCUGGGAGUGUGGUGCUUGGGGGGACCCAGGCAGGGUCAUCCCCUCAUCCUCCAGAUAUGAUCCCAAUCCCUGAGCCCGGGUGGGGUUCCUGGUUGGAAGCAGAGGGUGCAAAGGGAGGGGGUGUUUGGGUGCUGACGGAGCCUGACACUUCCCUCCCUGCUGCAGGGUGCCGGCUGACGUAG